CCCCCUUCCGGUGUCGUGCGGUUACUGCGGCGGAUGUUGAUGUUUUGUUUCUGUUCUGCUGAAGUGAACGAUGUGAACUGAAUCUUCUCCGGGACGGACACAUUUUUUUUCUCCGCUCUUCUUCACGGCUCCCCUGACACUCUCUCCCCGGCAAGCUCCCUCUGUCAGUCGGCACCGUGUCUCUCCCGGUGUCCCCCCCGGGAAGCGCGAGGCCGAGUCGUGCGAUGAUGGAGGACUUUGACGAGAUCUACGAAGAGGAGGAGGAAGAGGAGGACGAGGACAGGGCCGCGGAGGAGCAGCUCCUCAAGUACGCUCCGGACCCGGUGGUGGUGCGAGGAUCCGGCCACGUCACUGUGUUUGGGCUUAGUAACAAAUUCGAGUCAGAAUUUCCUUCAGCACUUACAGGGAAGGUGGCGCCGGAGGAAUUCAAAGCCAGUAUCAAUCGCGUAAACGGCUGCCUGAGGAAGACGCUGCCGGUGAACGUGCGGUGGCUCCUAUGCGGCUGUCUCUGCUGCUGCUGCACGUUGGGCUUUAGUUUGUGGCCUGUCAUCUGCCUCAGCAAGAGGACAAGAAGAUCUAUAGAGAAGCUCCUGGAGUGGGAGAACAGCAGACUUUACCACAAGUUGUGUUUGCAUUGGAGACUAAGCAAAAGGAAGUGUGAAACCAACAACAUGAUGGAAUAUGUAAUCCUGAUAGAGUUCCUACCUAAGAUCCCCAUCUUCAGACCAGAUUAGCCCAACUGUGGCCGAUCUCACACCACCACUGCUGCCCAGCUCUGCCACAGAACCACGAUGACUGUCAAGCUCCUUUACAACUCCCCCAUCCCAAAAGACCAACACAAUAUUUUUGUUUACACAGUAGCAUCAAUCCUUUUUUGACUCAUUCUCCCACAUACUCUAUCUACACCCUUGUUUACAAAUCCAGCAUCCCGACUCCAGAACUGGAGCGGAUUCACAGUUGAACCUUCAUCCUUCGGACAAGCUGGCGCACUGUUAAGCCAUGCGAGCCGGUACCAGCCUGUUGGAUGUCAGAGGAGACCCAGCCACGGGCAGUAUUAUUGAUUUCGGAGCCAGGAGCUGGAGACUGGACUCUCGAACUGAGUUCUCUAAGCUAUAACUGGAAUUUCGUUUUUGUCACUUAAAUGUUCCCUAACCUAAGCACAUGGCACAGUCAGACCAUGAUAAAACACUUUCAAAUGUUGCCUACCGUCACACCGCCAACUUCACCUGCAAAAAAAUACACCCCAGUGCAUUUGUAUCAGUUGGUUUGGUGCUUUCGGUUCUAGGCUGUGGAGGCAACGUGACAUAAUGGAACUCCAAAGGAACCUUCAUCAAAAUAAACUCAGUAGCGGACUGAUGAGUCUGAUCAAAAUAUGUUGGGCCAGUGGCCAAAACAGCUUAACUCAAGAAAGAAAAAAAAAGUCACUCUUCUUAUCAACUACCAGACAUUGUUCUUCUCUCUCCUUUCAUAUCUCUGCACACUUACUGUGCGUCACCCUAACCCAGUGACAAUCACACACUUUGACUCUACUUCCCAUAGAAUGAGUGGGUCUUAAAUGCUACACUGUUUACCUGGAACAAUUUGUGUUUUUCACCAGUGUGUGUGUGCAGGUGAUGGGCUGGUUGCCAGGCAACUGCGUCUGAUUCACAGUGGAACAUGUGAGGAGGCCACUGAUGAAGAUGAGAGGAGCGCUUGGUUUCUUUAUAUAUUUUUUUAGUAUCUCAAGUUGUGUUUACUGUUCUGGUGAAGGGGGCAGUCUGUGCUUGUUAACCUGUUCACCAUGUUUGUGUGUGUGUGUGAGAAAAGUCUGAGGGCAAAACGUAUGCAAAAAAGACAAAUCAGACAUGAAGACACGCUUUACUCUGUAAAGCAGGGUUCUUUCCUCGGAAGUAUUUUCUUUGCCAUACCUGAUCUUUGUUACUUUUGUUGUAAUUUAUAAAUGUGUGAGUGUGCAUUUGUGAAAUAGGCCUCAGUUGUUAGUUUUUUUUUUUGUUGUUUUUUUUCUGCAAUGGUAUGGUUGUUUCCCCUUUUGUCUUCUGGACAUGUGUCAACACUAAAGCACACAAUCGCUUUGUCCUUAACACCUUCACAUGGGCCUCUCUUCCUUAUCAGCCAACCUUGGCCUGUUUAUAUGAGCGUUCCAAGUUGAGGAUGUGAGUCUUUUCUGAGAAAGUUCCUCUGUCUUAGACAUAAUCUGACUCAUUACAUUGAGAGGCCUGUGGCUAUUUAAGAGUGUUCGAUCCUCUUUAUUAGGCGUUGGGUAAUACCAGCGUUCUGUAUCACGAAGCAGGAUUAUUAAAGUCAGCUUCAUAACUGCACUGAAUAAAAUCAGAUUACUCCCAGAUCAGCAUCAUGGUCUUUAAAGCUGUGUUUUAUAUUAGCAAUAAUGAAAUGUGAAUCCUUUAACAAUGAAUCCAGAGAAAACUAGAAACUCAGUAGAAAGCAAACCUUAUCAAACCACUUUUAAAUUCACCAGAUUUUUAUUUGGAUCUACACCAAAUUGCACAAACUCAUAAAUAUCAAUGUUAUAUCAAUAUGUCUAUUUUUUCCAUCAAUAAAAAUAAUCAUGGAAAAUUUAGUAAUUAAGCGAGAAAAAAUCCUUUAUCAGCCCUUUGUCAAGACCCGCAAUAAAUUGAAUGGGUCCUUUUUCUUAGAUUAUGCAUAAUCCUGCCUACAAACCAAAUAACAGUCAAACGGACAUGGGUGCAACCUCCUUGGCUCCACACUUGCUCCCAGGUUUAUGAAGCAUUUUCACGUGUUUACUGAGUUGGUUCAUUCUCAGUCCCCUUACUAAUCUUGUGUGCAGAGGCAGGCAGACGUUUCCAAAGAUGAUGCACCUACAAUACGAUUGUGGUGCAGGUGAAGAGAGAAAUACUUGGUGAAUAUUGAACAUACAUCAGACGGUCAGAGACUACAAACUAAGGCUGGACGUUGUGGAAAAAAAAUGUCUUUCAUAUCAUUUUGUCAAAUUAUUAUUUCUUUCAAAUCUGAAGAAUGAGUAAAGGUUGUGGUUUCAAACGCAAAACUUUUUACAGAUAGGAUGCAUUAAACCUGUUUUAACUCCUCACUAUGCUUGUACAAUGUAUAAGCAAUAUAUCAAUAUAUAUAUAUAAGUUUUAUGAAUUAUAUUGCAAUAAUUCUUGUUAUUGUUUAUUGCCCAGCCCUACUCCAAUGAAUUCUCAUGUUUCACUAUCAUUACGUGUGCAAAUAAACCACUGGUAGUGAAAAGUUUAAAUCAACUUUAUAAAGUAAUAGUUAACAGGCUUUAGAAAAAAGUGGUUUCAGGCUCAAUUAAUUUCAGUUAUCAGGUUAACUAUCAAUCCUGCUUCGAGAUAAAGGCCCUAGACUAUUUCUUUUUAAGACUGUCAAUGUAUUACAGAUCACAUCAUACAGCACAUCUCAGUUUUAUUCAACAAACAAUCAUUUACCAUCAAGUGGGAGAAAGGUGAGAAGAAGAUAUCGAUCAAACUUCUCCCACUCAGUCCACCAAAAAAACACCCAGACACUGACUGACACUGUGAGAUUGUGUGUUGCAUGGGAAGUUGUAGGUCGCUCGGCUCUGGUUGAUUGUAUGGGUCACACUCAGGGGAUUAUUUUAGAAAAACAAUAUGUAGCAUUGGACAAAUCUCAGUGUCAGGUAUGUUGUGAAGUUACACCAGGGAGUCAAGUAACGACGUAACAUACAUCACACAUGAAAACGAUGUGUCUGGAGUUUGUUGGAAACAUGCCCUGAAGAAAAAAACUAUUUAAUCUAUCUGUGGACUUCCUGUUAAGACAGGAAGCAGUUUUAUACCACAGACCCACAAAUCUCAUUGGAUUAGUUUAUCUGUUAUACAACUGGGCCGCCAAACGGCUCAUCAGUCACUUUUCUAUUUUUUGAUUGUGGUCUGUUCUGUGUAAAUGGAGGCAUAUGGCCAUGUGCAGAUAUCUGUUGUGUGUGUGUGUGUGUGUGUGUAUGCACGGUGUGUGCAGAUGCAAAUAUUCUCUAUAGAUCUCAGACUGUGAUUGAACCCUGCACAGAAACCGAGUCAUUUUUAUAUAAUCUUGCGUUUGCUGUUUGUUUGCGUGUGUGUGAGGGAGAGAAAGGUAUAUGUACAUAUGACUCAUGAGAAAGUGUAUGUACAGUAAUAAACUACCAAUAAAUAAACAAGGCUAUGAGCAUC